AUUGCCAUAUCGAUCCACACAUCUGCGGCUUCAGAGAUGAGCAGCUGUGCCCGGUGGCCGGUGGUCACUGUCGUCCCGGACAAUAUCCCCUAGUUUACCCUCCUCCAUUAUUGAUGUGCGGAUGCUGCUUCCAUUAUUUCGAAGCCUCUGAUCUGAUUCUCUCUUUGCUUUUGCCUUUCUUGGCUGGAGCUCUACCUCUGCCUUAUCCUUGAUCUCCCUGCUGGCUGCAGUAGCACACUAGCACAUGCACGUCUUAUCUUAGCUAGUUUGUUAGUAGGCAACUGCGGAAAGAUAGCUUUGAUGCGCCGCGGCGCGCAAUGAAGAGCACGAGCAGAAGCAGCGCCGGCGGCCCCGGCUCCGGCUCCGGCUCCGGCGAUGGCUCCAGUUCCUUUAACCUCAGGAACCUGUCCAAGGUUAUCCUGCCUCCCCUCGGCGUGCCGGCCGGCCACAGCCAGUGCCAUGGCGGCUCCGACAAGUGGGUCAUCUCGCCGCUCGACUCCAGAUACAGGUGCUGGGAGACGUUCAUGGUGAUCCUGGUGGCGUACUCGGCAUGGGUGUACCCGUUCGAGGUGGCCUUCAUGGACGCCUCCCCCAAGGGUGGCCUGGAGGUGGCCGACAUCGUGGUCGACCUCUUCUUCGCCGUCGACAUCGUGCUCACCUUCUUCCUCGCCUACAUCGACCCCAGGACCCAGCUCCUCGUCCGCAACAGGAAGAAGAUAACCAUCAGGUACCUGUCGACGUUCUUCAUCAUGGACGUCGCGUCGACGAUCCCGUUCCAGGGCCUGGCCUACCUCAUCACCGGCGAGGUCAGGGAGGGCGUCGCGUACAGCCUGCUCGGCGUCCUCCGGCUCUGGCGUCUCCGCAAGGUCAAGCAGUUCUUCACCAGGCUCGAGAAGGACAUCAGGUUCAGCUACUUCUGGAUCCGCUGCGCGCGCCUCGUCGCGGUGACUCUGUUCCUGGUGCACUGUGCCGGGUGCCUGUACUACCUCAUCGCGGACCGGUACCCGCACCGGGAGAAGACGUGGAUCGGCGCGGUGAUCCCCAACUUCCGGCAGGCGAGCCUGCGGAUCCGCUACAUCUCCUCCAUCUACUGGUCCAUCACCACCAUGACCACCGUCGGGUACGGCGACCUGCACGCCGAGAACACCGUCGAGAUGAUCUUCAACAUCUUCUACAUGCUCUUCAACCUCGGCCUCACCGCCUACCUCAUCGGCAACAUGACCAACCUCGUCGUCGAGGGCACCCGCCGCACCAUGGAGUUCAGGAACAGCAUCAGGGCUGCGUCGAGCUUCGUGGGCCGGAACCACCUGCCGCCGCGGCUGAAGCAACAGAUACUGGCUUACAUGUGCCUCAAGUUCAGGGCGGAGAGCCUGAACCAGCAGCAGCUCAUGGACCAGCUGCCCAAGUCCAUCUGCAAGAGCAUCUGCGAGCACCUCUUCCUCCCGGUCAUCAAGGACGUCUACCUCUUCAAGGGGGUCUCAAGAGAAGUACUCCUAUGCCUGGUUACAAAGAUGAAGCCGGAGUACAUUCCGCCGAGGGAGGACGUGAUCAUGCAGAAUGAGGCACCGGACGACGUGUACGUCGUCGUCUCAGGCGAGGUGGAUGUCAUAUUCUUUGACGGGAACAGCGAGAAGGUGAUGGCAACGCUGGGGACGCGGGACAUCUUCGGCGAGGUGAGCGCGCUGAGCGACAGGGCCCAGAGCUUCACGUUCCGGACGAGGACGCUGAGCCAGCUGCUGCGUCUGAAGCAGGCCACGCUCAAGGAGGCCAUGCAGAGUAGGCCCGAGGACAGCGUCGUCGUCAUCCGGAACUUUGUCAAGCAUCAGGUUGAGAUGCAUGGCAUGAAGGUCGAGGACCUGCUGGGAGAGAGUACCGGGGACGGGGAGCACGACGACGGCAAUCUGAUGACGGUCGCCGCGAUGGGGAACAGAGGCUUCCUCGAGGACCUCCUCAGGGCAGGGAGGGACCCUGACGUCGGUGACGCCAAGGGUAGAACUGCGUUGCACAUCGCAGCAUCGAAGGGAUACGAGGACUGCGUGCUGGUGCUGCUCAAGCACGCGUGCAACGUAAACAUCAAAGAUGCGCAGGGAAACACGGCGCUGUGGCACGCCAUCGCGGCGAGGCACCACAAGAUCUUCAACAUCCUGUACCACUUCGCGCGCGUGUCCAACCCGCACGCCGGCGGCGACGUCCUCUGCCUCGCCGCGCGCCGCAACGACCUCGACACGCUCCGGGAGCUCCUGAAGCACGGCGUUGACGUCGACUCGGAGGACCAUGACGGCGCCACCGCCCUGCGCGUCGCGCUGUCCGAGGGCCACGCCGACGCGGCCAGGUUCCUGAUCAUGAACGGAGCCAACGUGGACAGGGUGAACCUCGACGACGGCUCCGGCGCUGCGCGGUCGACGGUGUCGCCGGCCGAGCUGCGCGAGCUCCUGCAGAAGCGGGAGGUCGGCCACCCGAUAACCAUCCUUGACGCGCCGGCGGUGGUCCUGGACGGCGGCUCGUCGGGGAACGAUCGUCAAGGUAUGUUCCUGAGCGCAAGAUCGGACAACGUGCGUUGGCCUCGCGUCAGCAUAUACAAGGGUCAUCCCUUUGUCAGAAACCACAGCUCAGAAGCCGGUAAGCUGAUCAAUCUGCCCGGCACGAUGCAAGAAUUCAAAGCCAUCAUCGGAGAGAAACUGAAAGUUGAUGCAGAGAACGCUCUUAUCAUGAACGAUGGAGCUGCGGAAAUCGACUCGAUCGACGUGAUCCGGGACAACGACAAGCUGUUUGUAGUCACUGAAGAUCAUCUGAGGAGAUUGGCAACAAUGGACUCGAUGGCUGCAUCAUAGCAUACGUAGAUUCAGGCGUUCAGUAGUACGUGUUAUGGUAGUUGUGUAGCUAAGAGUUAGUUGAAUAAGCGAGUUCUCUCUAUGCAUGCCACCGUCUCAGGGAACCUGAGAAGUGUCGUUCGCGUGAUUUGUGAUGUUUCAUUGAUACUUUGAAACUAGAGACAGAGUGCAUGGGUAUAUUGGUUCAAACCGCAUUUGGAAA